UAUCACUCUUGUUAAUGGACUAUGGACCAAAGCUAGAUGGGUGUGAUAUAUUCAUCUAUAUAAUAUAGCUUACCAGCAGUAAGAGAUACUUAACUAUAUUAGUUAAAUCAAAGGUAAAGAGAUCUAAAGCUGUUGUGUUUGCAAAUUCAUUCUGUAAAAUGGCAACCUUUUCACAAUCCACCAUUGACAAGAGAUCUGACAUUUUCAAAGACCUCUUAUGUUCGACCUGCGAAGACAAGAAACAGGAUACCAUGGCUGAUUUCUACUGCCAAUCGUGCUUGAAGUUUUACUGUGGAAAAUGUAUUUACAUGCACAGCCAGUUGUUUACAAAACAUGCCACCUUUGGAAAGGAGGCUAUGAAAAAAUGGCCAGUUGCCAAUAAGGUGGAAGAUUUUCUUCUGAAAUCAUGGUGAUGUCCAUAAAGAUGAAAACCUGAAAAUGUUCUGUGAUGACCACAGUGAGCUUUGCUGCACAAAUUGUGCAUUCCUGAAUCACAGAUAUCAUCUAGACACAACUUCUGACCAAAGUUCGUGAAGAUCGGAUGAAAACUACAUCAAUUAGAGAGCGGACACCAUGCUCAAUGUUUGAAAUGCAACAAUGCCAAAAGGUUACUCUUAUAUCUGACAAAAUAAAAAGUCAGUCCUCAGAACUUAAAAAACUGUCAGAAACUAUACAAACUAUUCUUGAAGAAAUAAAGAAACUUCAAGACAACCACGAAGCUAGCAUGCGGUCUGUGCAAAGUUCAUAUGAUGAGCAGUUACACUCAAUAAAGGAAACUGGCCAAAAAAUAAAUGCAGCUUUAGACAUGAUUGAACAGAAGACACAGACGGAAAUGAGAGAUACUCUAACUAAACUGCAGGCCUCUACCAAAAGUGAUCUUGACAACUGCAUGAAGCUUAGGGAUGAAUUGAAACAACUUCGAGUGCCAUACAUGACAUUAGUGAUAAAAGCAAGCUGGAACUAUCCUUUAUAGCCACCCAGAAAUGUGAAGACAUAAUAGAACAAACUGAAACCUUUCUGAAGAAGAACUCUGUCAAGGUUAAAAUUUCAAUAACAGUCCAGCCCAACAGUGAAAUUGUUCAGUACUUGUCAACACUGCCAGGUCUUGGGAGGAUUGAACACAGUAUCCAGACAUUGAUGGUAAAAGAGAAUCCAAAUAAGUUGUUCACUGUCCAGGAGAAGUCUGCACAUAAUGUGAAAAUAUCAAGUGAUUUAUUCCCAUGCAGGAUUGUAUCCAUCUGCGUUCUCCCAGACAGACAGGUCCUGAAUGCAGACGGGUAUAAUAAGAAAGUCAAGCUGCUUCAACCAGCAGUACCAGGAGGUGAGUCAUUGGCCUGUAAAAGCCUAUCCACUGGACAUGUGUUCCAUCACACCCAGUGAGGUGGCUGUGACUGUGGAUGAUAACGAAAACACACAUGAGGUCCAGUUUAUCACAGUCAAACAUGCAGCUUGUGACAGGAAAAAAGCUUCAGUUACAACAUCCAUGUGUUGGAAUUGCCUGCCACCAGGGAGACCUGUAUAUAACGUCUGGUACUGCACUGUGCAAGUACACAAUGAGUGGGAAACAAGUCAGCAAGAUGUAUGAGAAUACAUCAGGUUCUUUCACAGUAUGGAAGUGUACUAUGAGUCCCACAGGGGACAAGCUGUACCUCACAAACUUCUCCCAGUGCAAGCUCCUCACCCUAGCCAGAGAUGGAACACUCCUGGCCACAUUCACUGACUCAGAACUGCAGCACCCAGAUGGUCUACAUGUGACCCCUGCAGGCCAGGUGCUGGUCUGUGGAGUCUUGUCCAACACUAUACUACAGGUGAACUGUAUGGGGAGGGACAAGCUGGCCACUCUGGCUACACGGGAUGAUAAAAUGGUGUACCCACAGUCAGUCUGUUACAACAGACACACUGCCUCAAUCAUGGUGGGUCUUGAUUGGUACCACUAUCCUGUUGUUAUAUAAUGGAUUUUUAUAUGUUUCUCAAUUUAUUAUUCAGAUUAUUUGAAUUGCCAUGAGAUUGUGUUGUGCGUUAGAACAUUGCGUUAUGAUUUUACAUCAAUGUUAAUGUUAUUGCAGGUGCAUCUAUUUUGUGAACAAAUAAUGUCAUUAGUUCAAAGAAUGUAAAGUGUUUUUGUA